AUGCCUGACUCGACCCACCCCUCACUUCAAACCAUAAAUAGUGCGGUCGCUGCCAAUCCAAGAAGGUACGCUGCAAUCGAGUCGCUCCACGAUGUGGCAAUUGUGAAGCGGCGGGAGCUGAGUGUGUCUACUUGCCUCGGAAACCCCGAUCUAAGAAACAAGCGUAUUUGUCUACCUAAAAGGCGGCUCGACUCCACCAGGAAACUGAUAAGAUAUCGCAGAAACGAACCACUCGAUAAACGUCUGCUUUUAGAGAUUAUGGACCGUCUUAAACGUCUUGAAGAACAAGUCGGUCUGGAAAACACUGCAGAGACUGAAGAUAAUGGUGACGAUUCCAUGUCAAUUUCCUCUGUCGGUUCAGAGGCCGCUCGGGCAAUAUCCAUAGACAAAGACCCGGCUCAAGUCGUCCCAUCCGUGAUUCGAGAUAUUACGUCAACAGCCCUCGAAGGCUAUAACACAGAUCUAGCGUGGAAGGCGUUCACCCACACAUGCAGGAUAUCGAAGACCCUAGGCUAUUUCUCCGUCGACGAAACACCAAGUGAAGGGCACAACCAACUCUCCACACCAGCUGGCACCCCACUGCACGAAGCUGAAGUCGAGCGGAAUCGCAAACGCUUCGUCUUCUGGCACAUCCUUCGAACAGACUGUCUUUUCCGAAAGUCAUUCGGCAAGCCAACUCUCAUCCCCACAGGAUCGUGGAAAGUCCAUUUGCCCGAUCCAACAAUCAAUGGCGUGGACGAUGAAUACUCGCGCUUUAUACAAAUUCAUUUCUUGAUUUCAAUGCGGCUUGGUCUUAUUGUUAGGAAAUAUCUCGAUUGGAUUGAUAGUGGUCCGGAUCCGGACCCGAUUUCGCAUGAUUCUAUUAUUCAUACUUAUAUCGAUGAGGUGCAGUCUAUAUUGUCGGAUUGGGAUACGGCGGGCCUUCUUCGAACAAUAUCAAAUCAUAUCGAUUCCUGGCUCUGCAUCGACGUGCUGGUCGGUAGCUAUGAGAUACUUAUUGUGCUGCAUCUGUCGAAGAAAUGUCAUCAUGGUCAUCUCUUACCACAUCAAGCCGUUAAUCUGGCUAGGAAGUCACUGAAGAUCUUCCAAUCGCUCCUGGGGUCCACAUCGCAUGCGUUCUGGGGAAUCAGUCCUAUCACGAUGUACCAAUUCCUCCCCUUUUUUAUCCUUUGCUUAGACAUCAUAGAGAAUCCAGACCAUGAAAACCUCGAUGAGGAUCUCGUGUCUGUGACUUGGGUAUGCGAUUAUGUCGAAAUGGCCGCCGAGGGACGGAUUGAGCUGAAGCCGGUCAUUAUCCUCAUUAAAGCGAUGGUCACUACGUGUCAACAGACAAAAAUGGGCCGUCUUGUACAGUCAGGUAGUACUGGUGAAUAG